GUGAAAACGCCCUCGGAGUUGAAGUAAGUUCCAACGACUCGCCGAUUCACGGUCUAUGCUUACUCGGAGUGAUCAGAAAACACCAAGCCAGACACACUCGGCCUUUCAAGUGUCGCUUUUCAGGAUGUACCAAGGUGGAUGAGGGAUUCGCUACCAAGAACGACCUUGAUCGACAUUUAAAAUCCGUUCACAAAGUCGUCACAAACGAGCCAGUUUAUCGCUGUCAUCUGGACCACUGUAAAGAUAAACCUAAGGACUGGCCUAGGCCAGAUAAUUUCCGGCAGCACCUGAGGAGAAAGCACGGCUUGGAUAAGGUCGAUCUGAAAAACUUUAUGUAUCGAAUUCCGUCAUCAAAUUCUGCGAGCGUUGGGGCACCGGAUACCACACUUUCGGAAGCACCCGUGGUCCCGAGCUCGGAUUCAACCUCACGGUCGUCGUGGGCUGGGAUGGAUCAGGGCCACGUCGCACCUGCUAGCCUCAUCAACGGACACCCCGGGUUGGCCCCAGCGGGUAACAUGACCGCAUACUCGGGGUCCCUUUCUAUGCAGGAAAGAGACAACGCUUCCCCAAGCGCCGUAGCGCCUCAGUACUUAAGUCGGAACUCCAUUGGGAGCCUCCAGCUUCGGCUUAACACGGAGUCGGUGCUGUCCGGACUUAACGUAUCGCAGCCAUCCCCGCAAGAAGCGAGCGCUUCAUCUUCGGGGCCAUUCUCGGAGCCUAAUCAGCCAACUUACCUUACUCCCAACGUCCUGAACGAUGGCCGGUUUUUCGGGUUGUAUGAUGCUCAGACGCGGCAGCCCAUGGAGGCAGUUCGACCCGAGGCGGACAACACAUUGGACGUUUCGCGUGAAGACGUUCAGUCGGAGGCAGGCGGAAUCGGAUACACUGCGCCGGAUGAAAUGGAUGUGGACAACCCCGCGCAGGAUUCCGCCUCGGAAGAUGGCCAACAUGACACCGACGCGGAGGAGGACGAGCCGCCAUACGACGCAACGGAUGUUGAACCUAACGUUCUCCGAAACGCUGGCGCCCAUUACAAUGAGGAAGAUGAAGUACAAAUCAAGCUGUCGCCGUCCCAGGUACAGUUAGGCGCAGACACACCCCGGCCUAUCGACCUUGACGACGACGAGAUCCGGGCGAGCGCCGUCAUCCAGUCAUUAAUCCAGAAGGGCAAGCUCAGCGAGAUGCUGAAGAAACUCGGAUACUCGGUGUCAGAGGAGACAGAUACCAAGGAUCAAAAGCCGCCUGUCGCCUCUUCGACGACGAGCGAAACUGGCCGCGUCCAUAAGUGCCAAGAAUGUACCAAAACCUUUAUUCGGCUCUGUGAACUCAAAAAACAUAUGAAGCGCCACGCAAAGCCCUACGCCUGCACCUUCGCCAAGUGCUCCAAGAAAUUCGGCAGCAAGAACGACUGGAAACGGCACGAAAACAGCCAGCACUUCCAGCUCGAGAUCUGGCGCUGCGCCGAGAAAGCGACCGACCGCCCGGACCAGCAAGAAUGCGGCAAGGUCUGCCACCGCCCAGAGUCCCUCAAGUCCCACCUCGAAAAGGACCACGGCAUUUACGACCAAGCCACGCUCGACAAGAAGCUUGGCGACUGCCGCCUGGGCCGCAACUUCGAGUCGCGCUUCUGGUGCGGCUUCUGCCAGAAAACCAUCGAACCGACCGGCAAGGGGGGCCCCGCGCACAGCGAGCGGUUCGACCACAUCGACGACCACUUCAACGGCAAGGGCGGCUUCUCCAAGGAGGGUAUCGAGAACUGGAAGCAUAUCGAUACCGAUCCCGUCGACACGCCCGAUACCCCGCCGGGCAAGAGCAAACGCGCUGGCGGUUCGGCUUCUCGGGCGGGCAAGUCCCGCAAGCGGGUUCAUGGCGGCGGCGACGACGAGCUGCCCAGAGCGAAGCGGUUUAAGGAUGGCAAUGGCAAGAUGUGGUUUUGGAUCUGCUGUUCGUGCCGUAAUUACUGGAAAUUGGGAACGACCCCCGCAUGCAUGAGCGAGUGCACCCAUGAGUUUUGCGACAAUUGCGAAGUGUUUGAUGCGAACGAGGACACGAACGAGCGGGAUGUUCCGAUCGCAGUUCGGGGCGCAGGGCAGGAUGGGUUGAUGACUUGAUGACCACUCCCUAUGAACACUUGAUGACAUGAUGAGAUACCCUUGGAGUUUGUGGAUAUUUUGGAUAGCAUGCUACACUGGUUUAGACGGUUUUUGGGCAGCGGUUGGGCAACGGCUUUAGUAGUGAAUUUGUAAUGUUUCUCUUUCUUGGGUUUUGCUUUGGUAGCAUAUGUGGGAGAGUGCCAUGGAGUAUGAGACCGAAUACCAGUCUGGGUACUCUUAAGGCUAUUACUGGCUCUCUUCCCGCCGUUUCUAUGGAUUGGAUUGCCCGCUAG